AUGCUUGUUACACCUCUUCAACCCCACAAUGUGUCCUUACCGCACUUUCCAAAGCCAGCUGUCACGACAACUGCUUCAUCAAAAUGCUCUCCUCGAACAAUUGCCCAAGCAUGGCUCGAACGCUUCUCGGCUGUCCUGAGCUCUGGCGACGUUUCACAUCUAUCCACCGUCAUGCACCAAGACAGCUGGUGGCGUGAUCAUGUGGCUCUAUCCUGGGAUCUUCGUACUCUUCAUGGCCUAGAAGCUAUCACCUCUUUCCUAUCUUCCGUGCUUCCGACUAUCAAGUUGCACCCACUAUCUCUGGCAGAGGAUGGUGAAUCUUAUGCCCCGUCAAUUGUCAGCCCUCUCCCGGAACUCGAAUGGGUACAGUCUAUGUUCACUUUUGAAACAAGCACAGGCAGAGGUCGAGGUUUCCUUCGUCUAGCUCAAGCCGUAGACGGUGACUGGAAAGCUCACAUGCUGUACACAGCCCUUGACGAGAUCAAAGGCUAUGAGGAAACCACAGGUGCCCGUCGAGCCCACGGGGGUCAGAACUCCUCUCUUGGUGGUAAUUGGCUCGAGCGAAGACAGCAAACUUACGAUUUCACCGAAUCUGAACCUACUGCCUUGAUCAUUGGAGCCGGUCAAGCCGGCUUGAAUCUCGCUGCUCGACUUCAAGCGCUGGGGAUUCCCACCUUGAUCGUGGACAGACAGAAACGUGUGGGUGACAACUGGCGAACCCGAUACCGCACCUUGGUGACCCAUGACCCUGUGACUUAUGCUCACAUGUCAUAUCUUCCUUUCCCGUCAAAUUGGCCUCUCUACACGCCCAAGGACAAACUUGGAGACUGGUUUGAGGCGUAUGCCAGUUUGAUGGAACUCAACAUCUGGCUCUCCACUUCUGUCACUUCAGCCUCGUAUUCAGAAUCCUCAAAAUCAUGGACCGUCGACAUCACAAAACCAGAUGGAAGCAAGAGGACACUUCACCCUUCUCAACUCAUCCUUGCUACAGGCCACAGCGGUGAGCCACGUAUACCAACUUUUCCGGGUCAAGACUCCUUCAAAGGCACAGUUUACCACGGCAGUAUGCACAAAGAUGCAACUCCUUCCACAGCCUCUGGCAAGAAGAUUCUCGUCGUGGGAACCGGUAACAGCGGCCACGACAUCGCUCAGAACUACCAUGAAGCCGGUGCCGAGAGCGUGACAUUGCUCCAACGCUCAGGAACCUAUGUCCUGCAAGCCGAGAAAGGAGGACACAUGCUUCACGCAGGGACUUAUGAUGAAACUGGCCCUCCAACCGAAGACGCAGACAUCUAUUCACAAUCUCUCCCUCUACCCGUCCAGUUCGCUCUCGGCAGAAAUCUGACUGCCGCCAUCAAAGAAGCCGAAGCCGAAAACCUCGAAGGUCUGGAAAAAGCAGGCUUUAAAGUCGACUUUGGUCUCGAUGGCUCAGGCCUAUUUAGGAAAUACAUGACCAAAGGUGGAGGCUACUACAUCGACGUCGGAUGUAGCGAGCUCAUUCGUGCCGGUAAGGUAAAAGUCGUGCGUUGCGAACAGGGAAUUGCUGGCUUUGAACCUUCUGGCGUGCGUCUAGCGGAUGGCAAUUUUGUUGAAGCAGAUGUUGUUGUGCUGGCAACGGGGUAUGAUAACAUGCGCACUUCUGCUCGUAAGAUUCUUGGGGACGAGAUUGCGGAUAAGGCGAGUGAUGUGUGGGAUCUUGAUGAUGAGGGCGAAUUGAACGGCAUGUGGCGACCUUCUGGCCAUAAAGGCUUCUGGUACAUGGGUGGUAAUCUGGCACUGUGCAGGAUAUACAGUAAGUUUCUGGCAUUGCAGAUCAAAGCUGCAGAAGUCGGAUUGCAGUGA